GAUUGUCCGAACUUUGUAGAGAGGAUUUCAUCACUUCAUUUCCACAGCGGGGACGUUAUUGUUCGCUGACCAUUGACCAUUAUAAUUCACUGCUGGGCGCUAACACUUCUGUGUGAUCUUCAGAACGAGGUGUGAAAUUCACGUUAAAAUUGUACAGUUAAGUUUCUUCGUUCGAGGAUAUUUCACGAAAGCGAUAGACACGGUACAGUAGAGACUAUCUCGGUGACAUUCAUCAUUAGAAUCUACAACACAGGCGUCGGUGGCACUCUUUAGAACUCGAGAGGACACACAAGGAUACUGCGCAUGCGUGUUUUACAUGUAACUAUUCAUUGACAAUCUGUGAAGUGUCAUCAUCAAAGUUUAUGUACGAGACACGUGAGGCUAGUAUCCAUAUCACCAUUGACAUCGAUUUAUGUAAAUCAAAACUGACGUCCUGUCUUGAUCUUCCUUUAACUUGAUACGCCGCGCUAUAUAAACGCAAUACAAGGGUUUAACCUUCGAAGCGGACAUUGAAGAUACAGAGCUAUAUGGUACAUGGUGUAUUUUUACAGACAAAAGACCAGGCUGUCCAAAAAGUGUGCUUUGUGUCAUCCACCGAUGAGAAAGUUCUACCGCCAAAGCCACGCUUGCUUCAGUCAUCGACAGUGAGUCGCCACGAGUACACGGAUGCUGAAAUCUUCUUACAGUAACAAGUAAACCCACGUGGAAUUUAGAGGAAAAAAAGGAAAAUUAUGUAUAUCCGUGCAUUUGGAAAGAGAUAAAUACCUGGCGUGCUAUUAUAUGUGUGAUCUCGUUCAUCCUACAACAGUGUCAUUUACUACUGAGAAAACGGAGUUUUAUUAAUAAGUCUGUAGUUAUACUGUGUGUGGUGUCUCUGCGUUCUACAGUGAGGCGGAGUGUUGAGAGCCGACAUCACUGGAUCAAUAUAUAACGGAAUAAUAGUUUCUUUGCCAAGCUAAGGUGAGCCCGAUGGAAACCGCUUUCAUUUGGAUUACACUGUCGACAAUAGUUAAUACCUAUCAUUCAAUAAACAACUGUAGCUAAAUGUGCUCAUAUGGAGAACGUUUGUUUCAAAGCUUUCGAUGGUUUCGUAAAUCAUGGAGUUACAGAGACUCUUCUAUAGAUACUAUGUUCUUUUCUUCUGGAUUAUCAUCGACUGUUCACUCAUAAUCGGUUUAAGCAGAAAAAAAGCAUCAUUCAAAAAAGUUUCCGGUCGAACUGUGCGUCGCCAGACAAAUCCAGAGUUCGUCCAAAUAGGACGGAGGGAGAUCACAGUCCACAGAGGGGAGACGGUCGUCCUUAAGUGUGCUAUCAGGAAUCUGGGACCAAGAGAGGUUGUAUGGCGGAAGGUCUCGGAAGAUUUCCCACUAUCUAUAGGAACACAUAUGUAUGCUCCGGUAGAUGAGAUGUCCGUGGACUACCGACGCUCAGGCAAAUUUAAAACUCGCUGGGAUCUUAUAAUAAAACGAACUGAACCAAGACAUUCCGGGAAAUACGAAUGUCAGAUUGUUACAAAAGGACUGAAAACAUAUCAUAUUAACCUAAUAGUUCUACCAUCUACAAAACCACAGCGUAAAGGGCAAGAAAAAAUUCACUCCACUUCUGUCGAGGAGGAUGCGACGGGAGCAGCUAUAGAGAUAUAUGGUGCAGUAUUUAUCAAUAUGUACCAAAAGCUUAAUUUGACAUGUAAUGCGACCGGGGUUACAAGGGCGCCAUCGGCGGUCGACUGGUUCCACGACGGCCAUAUUAUCAGCUCAAGCGAUAAAAAAUACGCCAAGCGACUGAUGAUACUGAACAAAGUCCCCGAAGUACCAGGACGGUCACUCAUUAGUACACUCAUCAUAGAAAGAUGCACGGAUGCCGACAAGGGCAAUUAUGUGUGUCGGAGCUCAGAUCUGGACACGACCAGUAAAACAGUGCAUAUUUUAAGCGCAGUGGAAAAGAAUUUAAAAAAGCGUAAUGAUGAUAAAAAGGGUAAGACAAUCGGCGGAGACAGCCCCAAUGACGAUUCGGAAGCAAAUCCCGAAUUGCAGCGAAAUACAGUAAGGGGAAAUAACAGUGUACGCCAAUUGCACUCUUUUUCCGUUUUCCUAGUGACAUUAUUGAUAGGUCUGAUAUCGACCAUCAGGUGACAAGUCAAAUAGGCUCAUAGUAUCCGCACGCGCAGUGGAUUUUACGCGGGAACUUGGAUUUUAGCGACAAAUUCUGAUACAACUGUGCCUUAACUACAUCAAUUCCACGAAUCUGCCUGUUAAUUAUGCUGUGAGUAACGAUGGGAAUGACGUCAUCAUUCAACAGGCUUGUUAAAAGAUUGAACAUAAAUUGGAACGAAUAGGGGACUGAAGUUGUGUAAUUGUUGCUAGGGACAACGCCAGUGAUACAACUGUACUAUGUAGUUAGACAUGUACUUGGUAUAUGUUCUUUACACAUCACCUCCUAAAAACUGAUAGGUCUUUGUAGAGUCGUCAAUAUUUGACAGUGUAUAUAGUGUAACAUAAACAUGUAAAGAAAUAUAUAUAUGUGAAGUGAGUCGUGAACUGGUUGUACAUAUACGGUAGACCACACUACACGUGGUAAAGAUGUACAUUUGUAUAUAAUUAUAUUUAUUUACAUUAUAUAUAUAUAUUACAUAUAUAUAUAUAGGAAAUGAAAUCCACAACACGGCAUAUGUACGUACCAAUCAAUAACGUCUACGGAAUACCGACAUAGCGAACGAUGCAAAACUAGCUGCAUGCUAGUGAAACAUAUAACUAAACGUAUUUACCAAAAGGUUCAAUGCAGAUAAAGAGAUCUGGAUAACAAUGUCUAUAUUUUAUACGAAAAACAAUCUAUCAUAAUUAAAUGUAAACUAUGUCGAUCACAUCUGGAUAAAUACCAACGCUACAACAGGACCGGACUUCUAUUGUUGUCUUCAAUCGCCGGAUAAUGCUGAUCAAAAUAUUUAAGGGCAUCGUUCUGUUCACUGAUAGUAAAAAUUGCUCCAGGUUGUGAAUAAUGUUAAAUAACAGUAUAUUAAACUGUAUAAGUCCACGAAGACUGAUGUUGGUAUAUUCGAAUCCUCAUGUAAUGAUACUAAUAUAUUUUAAUGUGUAAUUGGGGACAGAACGUUCGUUACCUUAAUGGGUUAUUGAUAAAAUACCAGAAAACAUAGAAUCUCUUUACAUUGAAAACCAUCUCAUUGUUCCAUACGUAUUUGAUUCAUGCAAAUUUGCGUAAUAUAUGGUAAAGAUAUUUGAUUCAUACAAAUUUGCGUAAUAUAUGGUAAAGAUAUUUGAUUCAUACAAAUUGGCGUAAUAUAUGGUAAAGACAUUUCAUUCUAGUUUGAUUCACUUUAUAGUUACAUGAUUCAAUUCAUCACUCGAGAGGAUGAAAUCAUUAAUAUUAUGUGUCCCUGUUACAUGUAUAUACGUAUAAUGAUAUCUACAUUACUGGAUAAGCAUUCCAUGUCUACAAAAGUAUCCGAAUUGAAACACAGAUGGUUGUAAGAUGGAUUCACCUUCAUUGUGUAUGAGACUACGUGUGAUCGUGGUGUACGGGUAGGAUUAAUUGUUCUGAGUGAAAAGUUUGAGUAUGCAAGGUAUUAUCAAAAGUGUGUGUUUGCUGAGUAAGUGAUUGAAACAUAUUUAGUAUUGUUUCAACUAAAAUAAUAUGUAUUAUUUACGUAUCCUAGUCAAUUUCUUGCUCACAAACGCAAAAGAAGUAAUGAAAGUAAAACCCUUUCAACGUUUUACUUAACAAUAACACAGAAUCUUUUCUUUUUUUUUCGUUUUCUUUUAAAUUAUCUGUCCCAAACAUGUCUCAAUGAACAUUUAUUUUGCACGCAAGGAUGCAUUGUUAUUCCAUUGCCUUCCAAUGUAAACAUUUACUCUAUAUCAUCAUUUGUCGUUGUGUAACGGAAGGCAGUUGAUGUUAAUUGGGGCAUUUCUGCUUAAGACGUAUGCGACCUUUUUUCUCUUAAAGUAAUGAAGAUCGUGAAAUAAAUAUUUUUUGCUGACAGCCCCACAUUAUAAUCACAAUGCGACAGUUUAACUUAAGCGACAUGCGUUUUUAGAACAUUUUGUUAAAAACAAACAAUUAUCAUUAUGAUAGCUUUGCCCUGUGGUAGAAUGUACAUGGUAUGUAUUACGAAAACAAUAGUAUUUUUUCUAUCUGCGGGUUUUGACAAUGAACUACCUGGCACAUGACAUGAUUGUAUCCAUACGUAAUGCGAUGCCAUUCUUCUUCGCUGAAUGCGUGUAUUUUUUAAUACAUUUAUUUAUAGCAUUCAUAUUGUGAUAUUAAAUAUUUAGUAAGCCUUUUACAUUUACAUUUUUAUGUUAUUAAUUUUAAGGAGUAUUUAAGUGAUAGAAAUAGCACGAAAAUAAACAACUUCUUCCUUUUAGAAUACAAAAGUAAAUAUUUACUAUCUCGAUAAGUUCAUAUUCAUAUGCAAAAUGGUAUGUUUUAAUGCAAUGUUUAAAAUUCAAAUUAAUUUACAAAAAAAUAUACUAUCGGCUAUCGUCUACAUAGUAUUGAUUGAUUGUUAUGUAAAUACUUUUGACUGUAGAAAUACAUCAACUCUACGUGGUAUAAUUAGUGUACCUCAGUAAACCCUUUUUGCGAUUCAUUCAUUGUAAAUAAAAAUAUUCGACUUGAAACAAAUAAGAGUUUCAUUUUAGCAAUUUCGAAAGUCUACUGAAUCAUCCGCCAUGACCAUCCAUGUUCGUCUCUUGUUUUGUGUGACGAUUUGUUUCUAACAUGUUAUUUGAUACGAUCCUAAGCUGACAAUAGACCAGUGUAGGAAAUCAUUGUGUAUAAUAUCGGUAAUUGUGUAUUAUGAUCACAGUGAGAUCUAUCCAAUUAGUCUAUUAUCUGUGUAUGUUUACUUAAACUAUUGUUAUCUGUAUAAACUGCUCCAUCAAUAUACCACUGUUGUCUCAUUUCACCAUCAUGAUCACAAAAGUCUGAUAUUGUGUUUAUUGCAUCAUAAUUUCGUCAAUUAAGUAGUGACGUCAUAGUUUUUAACG